AGUCUGGAGCCGGGGUUUCGCGACCCGGACGAGUCCCCGGGCUGACGGCGACAUGGAGUCCCCCGCGGCACAGCUGCUAAGUUUGGAGGCACCGGGACCCACGCCCUUCGGAGAGCCCCCGCCCGCAGAGGAGCUGUCAGUCCCGGGGGUCCCCUGCAUGGAGAGUCGCGAGGACGGCGGCAGCACAUCUGAGGCCCCGAGCUCAGAAGUUCAGCUCGGGGACAGGCCCAUGUCCCCGGAGGAGGAGGCCGCCCUCUGCGAGCAGGCGGAGCUGCUGGAAUGCCGCCGCCGCCCCCGCGCGCGCUCCUUCUCCCUGCCCGCCGACCCCAUCCUGCAGGCGGCCAAGCUCCUGCAGCGGCGGCAGCAGGCCCUGGGGCUGGGCGCGGAGUGCGGCGAGCGGGCCGAGGACGCGCGGCAGAGCCCCGGCGGCUGCUGCACCAAGUGCAAGAAGCGGGUGCAGUUCGCGGACGCGCUGGGGCUGAGCCUGGCCAGCGUGAAGCACUUCAGCGAGGCCGAGGAGCCGCAGGUGCCUCCCGCCGCGCUCUCGCGCCUCCGCAGCUUCCCCAUGCGCGCCGAGGACCUGGAGCAGCUCGGGGGGCUGCUGGCCGUGGCGAAGGUAGCCGCGCCUCUCUCCGCGCCGCCUCCCCGGCUCCGGCCGCUCUUCCAGCUCCCGGGGCCGAGCGCCGCGGCUGAGCGCCUGCGGCGGCAGCGCGUGUGCCUGGAGCGCGUGCAGUGCUCGGCGCCCUGGGGCGCGGAGGUGACGGGCUCCGGCCGGGUGCUCGGAUGUCCCGGGCCUAGGACCGUGGCGGUGCGCUACACCUUCACCGAGUGGCGCUCCUUCCUGGACGUGCCGGCCGAGCUGCAGCCCGAGCCGCUGGAGUCACGGCCGCCAGAGGCGCCGUCGGGGGUGUCUGGACCGGGACCAGAGGACGCUGAGGAGGAGCCGGGCGCGGAGUGCUUCCACUUCUCGCUGUGCCUGCCCCCGGGCCUGCAGCCCAAAGCCUGGGAGGACGCGGACGCCCUGGGCGUCCACAUCCACUUCGCCAUCUGCUACCGCAGCGCGCAGGGCGAGUACUGGGACAACAACGCCGGGGCCAACUACACGCUGCGCUACACGCGCCCCGCGGACACGCUCUGAGCCGAGGGGAGGGGACGACCGGGCGCGGAGCUCAGGCAGCCGCUCCCAAGGGACCUGCUGGACGCUUUGCCGAGUGUCGUCGGUCUGGAGUGAAGGGAGCGUGCAGGGAGAGGAGGCAGGCGCCGAACCGUAACGCGCACCCAGGCAGAUCCCGGGAGCGAGCACAGCGGGAACGUCUCCGGCCUAACUCGUCUCGUGGCGCGGACUUUCCUAGAUGGCCUCUAGAAUUCCCAGCCUGCAUCAGAGUGGGAAGAAAUUCCCAAGGCUCCGAGCAGUGGCUUUCUCCAAGAAAAAGGCUCCCGACUCCUGAGAGCGGCUCUGAGACCUGGGGAAUUGCUUUAAACUCUGGAUGUAUUUUAGCCCUUGCAGGGUGUUAGAGACCCCCGGGGAAAAGACAAGCGUCCCGCCUUCGCACAACAGGGAAGGCUCCCGACUGUCACCGCACGCGUGGGACCGUCACACCCGCAGCCUAUUUUUCAGAGAAAACCGGGUUGGGGCAGGGCCUGGCCGUCCUUUUCUUUUAACUGGGAUCUGGGAAGUGUUUGCCCAGACUUGACGUUAUUUACUUAUGCGAUUGUGUACAAAUGGCCUUUAGAAAAGUAAAGGCCACUUGUGCACCCUUUUACGCUGUACUUCAGCUCCCGUGCGUUUGGGGAGGCUUCGGGAGUCAGGUGAUCUUUAGCUGAUGACACGAGCACUUUAACAAUCGUUAAACAGUAUUUACAAAUUUCCUCUUUGAUCCCUCCUUUUUGGUGUGA